AUGAGGUUGUCAUUCGCGUCGACAGCCUCGACGCUUGCCGCAGCGCUUCUCCUCUCGGCUCCCACCCCUGCCCAAGCUUCCCUCGCCAGGUCCGACGGCCUCAAGACCCUCUACGAGGCGCUCGCCGACAUCACCCGCGCUCCCUCCGAAAAGCAUCUGCCUCAGGCGCAGCAGCUCGUCGGCCUCAGCUCGGACCCCACUCAGCCCGGUGUUCAGUGGAGCGUCCAGCAGGCCCAGCAGGUCACCCUCCAGAGCGGCGACCUCAAUGCCCCCUCCUUCAAGCUCGUCACCAACGGCGAAAAGACCGCAGGCUCCAGCGUUGCAUCGCCUCAAGCCGUCUCACCCGCUUCCACCUCCUCCUCAGGCUCCUCCAGCUUCAACCCGGGCAUCACCAAUGCUGACUCGGCGCUCUCCUCGAGCUCCUUCUCGCCCGUCAACCCGCCCUCGUUCCCGCUCGCCGUAAGAAGCCCUUACCUCAAUGCUUGGCUCCCCUCGGGCUCGAACCGUGCCUCUACCCCUCCCAACACCGUCGGAGACGGUGGCUACCUCGCCGGCCAGUGGCCCGCCUUCUGGACUUCCUCCUACGGCGCAGACGGCGAGUUCCGCCUCGGCUGGACCGGUUACAUCCGCAUCGACAACGUCACUUACGAGUGGAUGGGCAAUGGCUUUGGCACCCUCGUUCGCGCCGGCCAGGCCGCCAAGCAGCUCAGCGCAGAGUACACCGCCACCCGCACCAUCUUCGCCUUCGAGGCAGACAAGGUCAGGUUCAACGUCACCUUCCUCACCCCCAUCACCCCGGACGACUACCUCCGCCAGAGUCUGCCGCUCAGCUACCUCCACGUAGAGCUAGACACCUCCACCAUCAAGGGCCGCAGCAUCCAGCUCUACACCGACAUCGACGAGCGCUGGGUCACCGGUCACGACUACGACUACGAAGACUUCCCCUAUGACCAGCAGUACUACGAGAAGAACGACACCUCGGUCUUCUUUGUCACGCGCAAGCAUCCCGAAGUUUACACCGAGUUCCGCCAACGAGCAGAGUGGGGCAAUGCCACCUACGCCGCACGCAACCACACCGGCCUCUACUCGCGCAACAACAACAAUGUCGUCACCCACACCGAGUUCAUCGACACCGGCAAGCUCUCCUUCGACCACGGCCCCGUCCUCGGCCCCGACAACUCGUUCGCCUUUGCCGUCGACUUUGACGCAAAGCACGCAGACAAGGACGCGCUCUUCGUCGUCGGUCACAUGCGCACCCCUUAUGUCAAUUACAUCCGCGCAAAGAAACCCGGCUCCAAAUCCACAAAGAGCUACCAAGAGGACCGUUACGGGUACUGGCAGUCCGAGUUUGGCGACAAGCUUGAGGAUGCCGUCGCCUUCUUCAUGAACGAUUUCGACAACGCCCUCAAGACCGCAAAGGCCUUCGACAAGCAGGUCGCCGACGACUCGCGCGCUGCCGUCGGCGGAGGCGACGUCGGCGACAAGUACGCCGCCAUCACCCAGCUCUCGGUGCGUCAGGCGUUUGCCACCUUUGAGAUCACCAUCAGCAGGGACUCCAAGGGCAGGUACAACACCUCCGACACGCUCCUUUUCCUCAAGGAGAUCUCGUCCAACGGCGACAUGUCCACCGUCGACGUCAUCUUCCCGCUCUUCCCUCUGCUCUCCUACGCCAACCCCAACCUGCUGCGCGACCUGAUGAAGCCGCUCUUCGAGUACACCGAGUCCGGUCUGUACCCCAACAAGUGGUGCGUGCACGACCUCGGCACGUAUCCCAACGCCUUUGGCCACAACGACGGCAACGACGAGCCCAUGCAGGUCGAAGAGUCGGGCAACAUGAUCUGGAUGACGCUCCACUGGGCUCAGCUCGUGGGCAAGUCCAAGGCGCUGUCCUUCCUCGAGGAGCACUACGACAUCAUGAAGCAGUGGACCGAGUACCUUGUGGCCGACAGCCUCAUCCCGGCCGAGCAGCUCUCCACCGACGACUUUGCCGGCACGCUCGCCAACCAGACCGACCUUGCCAUCAAGGGCAUCACAGGUAUCGCCGCCAUGUCGCGCAUCGCCGACAUGCUCGGUCACUCCAAGGACGCCAAAUCGUACGCCAACAUCUCGACCACCUACAUCAAGCAGUGGCAGACGCUCGCCAUCUCGCACGAUGCCUCGCACACCAAGCUCGCCUACCAGACCGACGCCUCGUGGGGCACGCUGUACAAUCUGCUUGCCGAUCGCAUGCUUGACCUCAACCUGGUCCCGGAGGCGGUGUACAAGAUCCAGGAUGCGUGGUAUCCGCGCGUCCAGGAGAAGUACGGUGUGCCUCUGGACUCGAGGCACAAGUGGACCAAGACCGACUGGGAGAUGUUUGCGGCCGCUGCGUCCGACGACCCGGCGACGCACAAGCUCUUCAUCGAGCUGCUGUACAAGUUCAUCGAGGAUGGCAAGACCGAUGCGCCCUUCACUGAUCUUAUGGAGAGCACCACGGGCGACUUCCCAAAGCAGCCCGAGGAUCCGCUCAUCCAUUUCCUCGCACGCCCCGUCGUCGGCGGUCACUUUAGCUUCCUCGCCAAGUCCAAGGCCGACAAGGCAAACGGCGUGGCCAGCGGCGCGUACAAGUACGGCAACGACAACGAUGUCAUCUCCAACAAGACCUCUGCUCCCUCGGAGGCCAAGGGAAAGCAGGCGGCGUUCCAGGCACCCAUGCAUGUGGGCACGCCCGACGAGCGUCGCAAAAAGUCAAACACCCUCUCGAGCGGCUCGCAGCGCGCCUUCCAGGUCCCUGCUUGA